AUGGCACCUCUGUCGUCUGGCGUAGAUGCAAUGCGUCUGGGGAACCUCGUACUGCCGGCCCGGGGCUUGGGUGGCGGCGUUGGAACCAUCUCGGCACACGCUUUCAAUGCCGCGCAGAAGAACACUCUGCAAAUUCUGGCUGUGACAUUCUCCACGAUCAGUGUUGCUUCUUCUGUAUUAACAUUCUACUGGUUUUUGAAAAUGCGAAGGAGCUUCAGGCAUGAUCUCAUCAUGUUGUUGAUCCAGAGUGACAUGUUCAAAGCUCUGUGGUUCAUGAUAUACCCUAUCGUGGUGUUUGUGAAUGGGCCUGUAGAAGACACCUCGGCAUUUUGUCAAGCCAAUGGCUUUCUGAUUGCCCUGGGCUUAGAAGCAUCUGAUUUUUCGGUCCUCAUGAUUGCCGUUCAUAGCGCCUUAUAUAUAUUUAGACCAAAGGCUUCGCGCGGCGAAGGAGGCCUCUACCCAUAUCGCAAGCUUGCUUACACACUCUGGGUCUUCUUUCCCCUCAUGAUGGCCUCACUUGCUUUCAUUAAUGGCAGGCAUGCAUACGUUUCGGUAGGAACAUAUUGUUACCUGCCGGUCAGACCAUUCUGGUAUCGACUGGCCCUGGACUGGAUACCCCGAUACAUUAUUUUUGUUAUCAUCCUCGCUAUAUACGCAUCGAUCUACUUCUAUGUGAAGUACAGAUUCAGCGGGUUUGGGAGACUGGCGAGAUACACCUCGCAUUCUAACGGCAACUCCUCGAAAUCAGUGCAAAAAGCCUACAGGCGGCACAGACAUCGACGGCAGAAUACGGUCCCAUCUACGCCGGUCCUCGCCACUUAUGACUGGCUGAAGGGCCAUUCUAGGCAGAGCAGUGGUUCCAGGGUGGAGACAGCGGCCAGGAAGCCUUCCGUCUCAACCGAGGAUUCAUAUAGGCUUCAACUCAAAGGCAAGAGGUCCAGUGCUCAUCGAUUCAUGUUUCAGAGCUUGUCUGGCCCGGGCAACUCCUCGCCGGCUCCUCCUUCUGAGGGUUCAGUGAUCGAGGACGAUUCCUUCGAAGGGCCCACAAUGCCCCAACCGCUGCCACCAACCUUACCGGAACCUAUAUCACCACGAAGUCAAUCGGUAUCGGAAAUUCCAUCCCGAGCCACAUCCUGGAGAGACAACUUCGUCCGCCGUUUCUCACCCCACAACACCAGUAGGGAGAGCACCACGAGAAACUCCGUAGUCGACAUCUUCACCGUUCUACGACGACACCCAGACCAGUCCACCGACUCACCACACCCCAUCAUCUCCCUCCGCCGUGACGACGCCGAACUCGACCGUACCCGCGAGAAAAUCCAGCGCCAACUGCGUUUCCUCUUCAUCUACCCCCUCGUCUACAUCGGAAUGUGGUUCCUCCCCUUCGCGUCCCAUGGCCUGCAAUACUCCGACCGCUUCGCCACCGAUCCGCCCUUUGCACUAACCUGCUGCGCCACAGUGUCGCUAUCCCUGCAAGCCGCUGUCGACGCCUGGCUCUUCUCUACGCGCGAGAAGCCGUGGAAACACAUCCCCGGCACCAACGGCGGGUUCUGGGUUUCGCUCAAAUUCUGGGCGGACUGGACGGGUUUCCGGAAACGGAGGGUGCGGCAAAGCGGGCCGGGCAAGACGCGCGGGGAGGCGCAUCGGGAGGCGGUGGCUGCGAGGCAGAGGCUGGUGGAUGAGCGGAACGAAGCGCAGGCAGGUGCGUCGCCUAGACCAAGGGGUCCCGAUGCGAGGAGAGCGGAGUGGUGGGACUCGAUCCCUGACGACGGAGUGAUGAACCCUGUGAGAAGAGAGGCGUCGGACCUGUUGGAGAAUGCUACGAUGUCUGAGGAGAGAUUCUCCCACGGGGGACAUAAGUUGCUGCUAGGGUCGGGAACGAAGAGGGCAAAGGAGAUGGAUGAGCUGGCGUUCGAUUACGCGAGCUGUUCGGAUCCGGGAUCUCCAGUCGUGGCCGAGCAUCCUACUGCGAAGUUCGAGUACGAGAAAGCGAUUGAAUUGGUAGAGGCAGGUGGUGUUCCGAAAGACGAGAGCAAAAAGCGUCGAGAGGGGAGAUGA